AUGGAUACCGAAACCAAUGAUUCGUUUGCAAAAGCGUAUGAUGAGAAGGUUCGUCCUCUUAUGAACAAAAUUGAUGAAGCUCGACGAUAUUUAUUACCGAACAGUGAUCGGAUUACUUUUCCAAAUGUUGUCGUAGUUGGUGAUCAAUCAAGUGGUAAAUCAUCAUUAUUGGAAGCAUUAUCAUUGGUUGAACUUCCAAAAGGUCCUGGCAUUGUCACUAGAUGUCCAUUGGUAUUAAGACUACGUAACUCUAAAGAACGAAAAGUGUAUCGCUUAUAUGAUGAUAAUCAAAAGGCUUUGUUGGACGAAGAAAACUUAAAUAUGUCACAAUACAUUGAACAAGAGACUAGGAAUUUAGCUGGUAACCAGAAGAAUAUUGUGCACCAGUUGAUUGAGUUACAAAUUGAAGAUCCUUGUGUACGUGACUUAACAGUCGUCGAUCUGCCUGGUAUAGCACAUAAUCCUGUCGCUGAUCAGCCAAGCAAUAUUCAUGAGCAAACAACUAAUUUAAUUCGUCAAUAUAUUCAACCAGAAGGUAGUCUUAUUCUGUGUGUUUUUCCUGCCAAUGUUGAUGUUGCAGUAGCGGAAGCAUUAUCAUUAGCACGUAACGUAGAUCCAGAAGGUAAACGAACAAUUGGUGUGAUAACGAAAACUGAUCUUGCUCCAGAUCAGGAUAUGCUUAUAGCACAACUUCUAAUGAAUAGACGGGACGUACUUCAUUUAAAAUUAGGUUUUGUAGCCGUUCGUAAUCGUAGCUCCGAUGAAAAGAUUUCCUUACCGGAUGCGCGCAAUCGCGAAAAAGAAUUCUUUAGUCAACAUCCAGCAGCAAGUGCUGUUAUUCAAAAAGAAUGUUUGGGUAUUGAUGCACUAAUUAGCUGUUUGGCAACUUUGUACUCCCAGCGUGUGAAAGAGACUUUUCCAAAAAUGCGACACGAAAUAGAAGUCCAAUUAACAGACAUCCGUGAACAACAAUCAAAACUUCCCACAGAAUUAAAAACAACCGGAGCACGUUUAACAGCAUACAACGAAUUAGUAGAUCUAUAUGUUGAAAAGAUUUUAAAAGCAGAGCUUAUAAGUUCAAAUGAUAGUGAACGCAUUAUUGAGAAAUAUCAAGCUCUUUCAAAAGAAUCCAUGAAUUCAUCAAAUGCAGGUAGUUUCAAGGCAACAGUCCUUGGUGGUGGUGAUGAUGAUGAUGAUAUAUUUGUAUACGAUGCUAUGUCAGUGGAUGAUCAAGCGUUAAAACAAAUGUUAAUUAGUAUAUAUUCAUAUUGGAAUAUGUUGAUCAAACGCUUUACAGAGUACGUGACAUUAUCUAUACGUGCAAGAUGUGCGUUUAGUGUAUGUGAUAAUAUCAAACAACGUUUACGCGAAAUUUCUGCUAAAGAAUCUGCUUUGAUUGAUGCACAUCUUAGCGAUGACCAUUCCAUUCAAAAUCAAAGGGAAUAUUUACAAAAAACAAAAGAAAGACUAGAGAAGGCUUAUAGUAUACUUUGCGAAGAUGAAGGAAUACUCAAUAAUGAUAAAUAUAUAUUUAAUGAUUUUACACCAACAGACCACGAUGCCACAAACACGUUAGAUGCACUUUUGUCGACACUCAAGAUAGCUCGUGAUAAAAAUAAACAAAACAAUCAAGAGGAACAACUGUCAAGCAUAGGUAUUCGGAAUUUUAACUUUGGGGGAAGAAAUACUUAA